CGACUGAGGGAGAUUCCUGCCACAGCGUACUAUCCACUUCUGGAAGACGAAUCAAAACCAGUGGAGUCACAGAGCCUACCAUCUUCAGCUAGCAACCAUGACAUGACCAGCUCAGCCGCUCUGCCACUAGUUAUCAGGGAGAAAGAUAUAGAAUACCAGUUUCACCGGAUCAUUCUCUAUGAGAGGCUGCUCACAGCAUACCCUUUUAAGAGGCCAUACAUUUGGAGAGAAGCCAGGAUAGAUAUACCUCCCUUGGUGAGAGCAUAUGUAUGGGCUGCAUUACUGGAGGUUGAGGGGGACAUCGAAGGUGCUUACAACUCGGUUGACAAAGAAACCCCAACAACAACUGACAGACAGAUUGAAGUCGAUAUUCCUCGAUGCCAUCAGUACCAUGAACUGCUGUCGUCACCAGCAGCACAUACCAAGUUUAAACGCAUCCUCAAAGCCUGGAUCAUCAGUAACCCGCAUUAUGUAUACUGGCAGGGUUUGGACUCACUUUGUGCACCUUUCCUGGCACUGUCUUUCAACAGUGAGGCACUAGCAUUUGCCUGUUUGUCUGCAUUUAUUCCUAAGUAUUUGCACAAGUUUUUCUUGAGGGAUAAUUCUCCAGUGAUUCAAGAAUACUUGGCUGUGUUUUCUCACCUCAUUGCAUUUCAUGACCCUGAGCUCAGCAAUCACCUGGAUGGGAUUGGCUUUAUACCGGAUUUAUAUGCGAUUCCUUGGUUUCUGACAAUGUAUGCACAUGUUUUCCCACUUCACAAAAUUGUACAUCUGUGGGACACGCUGCUACUGGGCAAUUCAUCUUUUCCUCUGUGCAUUGGAGUGGCAAUCCUGCAGCAGUUACGAGACCGGCUGUUAUCGUUUGGCUUUAAUGAAUGCAUUUUGCUGUUUUCGGAUAUGCCAGAGAUUGACAUAGAAAGGUGCGUCCAAGAUUCCAUCAAGAUCUUCUGCAGCACACCAAAGAGUGCCACCUACAGACAGCAUGCAAGACCAGUCAAACCCAAAGCAGCGGAAGAUCGGCCCAACUUGUCCUACUACAGCAUAGACUACCAUGACCUGCCUCAAACUGAUCUGUCGAUGGAGCCGAUCCCACUAGAGGAGUUAAAAGGAGAGAAGUGCCCCAGGAUUUCUGCAGAAGAUUUGAUAGAGUUAGGGGAACUGGCAGGGGCAGCUUACUCCCGCAGCCCUACAAAAAAGAGACAGAACAGCAAGCCUAUGAUAUUGAUUGUCGAUGUCCGGCUGUACGAAGACUAUAGAAGAGGAACCCUCCAAGGAAGCAUCAAUAUUCCAUUUCAAACAGCAUUUUCACCAGAAGGAGAAUUGAACCCAUGCCCUGCAGUGCAGGCCCUGAAUGCUCGGAGAAACCAGGUCAUUGUUGUCGUCGGCAACAGGGGACGUAAUGCUGCAAACUUUGCCAAUGAGCUAGUGCGACUUUGCUAUGCUAGAGUAUGUGUGCUACACAAGGGUAUUGACGUCUUCAGGACAACUGGACUCAUCACAGUUCCGCCCGCUGAUAUUUAA